AUGAUGGUCUAUCACGCUAUUUUCUUUUCUUUUCUUUCUUUUUUAAAGGCCAUGUUGUUGACUUCCAGCCCAUAUUACUUCUGCAAUACUUUCCCUCACCCUCAUCAAAAGUAAUCACAAUUGUGUUUUGACAACUCUAUCUGAGCCAUUUCCUUGUUUUCUAGCUACAGUUCUUGAAAUGCCACAGUUGUUUAGAAAGGACAGGUUAUUGUCUGGUGUAGGACAAAGUUUAAUAUUAGAUAUAAACAAGCUGCUGAGGCCACAUGCGGACUUUAGUGCUUGUUACUAAAAAGCAUUAGUUUUUUUUUUUAUUAUUAUUUUGAUUAGCUGCUAGCAUAGAGGUGACUGUCCUAAUUUAAGAGAUUAAAGCUGACUACACACCCAUGUGCACACACACACACAGAAACGUUCACCCUCUGAGACAUGUGAGUCAGUUUCUCAGUAAAGGUACAGGUCCUUGCACCUCACAAUUCAGAAGCAAGAGAGACAGCUCAGGCCAGCAGUAUGAACUCGAGAACAGUGUAUUACUCCAACGUAUGGACAGAUGAUGGCUACUGCUCAACGAAGAGACGUUAUGUACACAAAGAUGGCAGCUGCAAGAUAGUGCUCCAGCACGUGCCUGAGAAAUGGUCUUUAUAUGUGACAGACCUCUUUACCACACUGGUGGAGAUCCGUUGGAGAGUCAUGUUCUUGACCUUUGCCCUCUCGUAUAUCCUGUCCUGGCUCUUUUUUGGGAUCCUGUUCUGGUUUAUCGCAGUGAUCCAUGGGGACACAAGGGACGCAAACAACGAGCCAUGCAUCUAUGAGGUGAGAAGCUUUACAGCAGCCUUCCUCUUCUCUCUUGAGACACAGACUACCAUUGGAUAUGGCUCACGUGGCAUGUCUGAGAACUGCAUGGUGGCCAUCAUUACUGUGACCAUCCAGGAUGUCAUUAGCGUCUUCAUCGACACCUUUGUAAUUGGGAUCGUUGUUGCCAAAAUGGCGUCAGCCCGGAAAAGAGCACAAACAGUGGGAUUCAGCAAUACUGCAGUGAUUAACUGUCAUAACGGGCAUCUGUGCCUGUCAUGGCGAGUGGGCGACUUUCGUAGAAACCACAUGGUGGAAGGAACCACACAUGCCCAGCUGGUCAGACACUCAGUGCACACAAGUGGCAAAGCUAACAUAACCUACCAGGACCUUGAAAUCCAAAACAGGCAUGUUAUUCUGGCCACUCCAGUGAUUAUCAUCCACCGAAUCAAUCGCAGCAGUCCUCUAUAUAAAAUGAGUCUGCAGGAGCUACGCAAAGACAGCUUCGACCUGGUGGUGACUUUCACAUACACAGAUGACUGCAGUGGGAUUCUCCACCAGUCACGCACAUCCUACACUCCCAGUGAAAUCCUGUGGGGUCAGCAGUUUCAAGAGAUGGUGAGAGUUACCCAAAGGUCCUACAGAGUGGACUAUGCGGUCUUUCACCAAACAGUUAAAGUCCCACUGGCAGAAAACAGCGCUGAAGACUGUGAACUAAACAAGCAUGCUCCAAGCUGUAAACAAGAGCCACAAAUGGGCUGUUCUCUGGCAGUGGAGAGCGAAGACAUUUUAGGUCAAAACAAUACCAGCACUGUUAUUCAAGAAGAAAAACUAUAACAGGCCAUGGUAUCUAUAGGACCUUAUAGUACUUAGUGUACAUUAAAUGGGUAAUAAUGAUAAUGAGUCUUUAUUGGUCAUAUAUAAAUUACAGCACAGUGAAAUUGUUUUCUUUGCAUACCCCAGCAUGUCAGGAAGCUGGGGUCAGAGCGCAGGGUCAUCCAUGAUACAGCACCCCUGGAGCAGAGAGGGUUAAGGGCCUUGCUCAAAGGCCCAACAGCUUGGCAGUGCUGAGCCUUGAACCCCCGAACUUCCGAUCAGUAACCCGGAGCCUUAACCGCCAAGCCAACACUGCCCUUAAUAAGUGUGUAACUCUCUAUAUAAAUACACACAAAAGGACAUGGUAAAUGAACCAUACCAUAAACACUUCAAGACCAUGUAGCUAUGUUAAUCUCCGGCCAUAUACACAUUUGGACUUUUAGUCUGCAGCAUGAGUAAUUCAGGACAUUCUAAUUAAGACUUUCCUCAAAAUAACAUUUUAUAGAUAUAACUUGCAGACCACCUGGCUCAGGUAUUUAAUUCCAAAAAUCAAUGUUAAAUAAAUUAUUUGUAUUAUUUAUUACACUGGCAAUCCAAUGUGCUGUAUGACCAACCGAUGGAUUAUGCUUUAUCUAUUAAAAAAAACAUGCUCCAACCUGAUUGUCCAUGUGCCUUAGAAAACUCACCCUGAAAAAAGUUUGCUCUAUAAUGACAGAAAUAUAAACGCAAAACAAAUCAACUUCUUUAAUCCCUUAUGAAGCUAACUGGAUUUGCUGGGCAUUAGUGCUAAAUGUUGGUCAUUUCAGUGCCAUUUGCUGAAUUGUAUUAUCCAUAUGGUAAAUAAUGCACUAAUAUUUAAGUGUUCUGCAAGGUGUCAUAUUACCAUAGCAGGAAGGUUUCAGUUAAGUCUAGCAGAAUCAUGUUUUUGCUUUUGCCUUCUCUAAAAAUCUUUAUAAUGAUCAUAUAGCAUGCAUUCUGGUGACACUGUAAUAACAUUUUCAACUGAAAGGUUGAGGCAGAAAAUUUGGAUUGUAUGUUAUCAAGUUCUCAACAGGGGACUAUAGUUCAUGCUGUAUGUCUAUAUCAUACACAAACACCUGAUGAUACAGUUCAAUCAGUAUCAUUAUUGUAUUUGUAUGAAAUGUUGGUCAUUUAUAUAAUGCCUACAUGAUAUAAAUGUUACUCAUAAUGUCUCUCCUUAAGCCCAUUUUACACCAGACACGAUAACUGUGCAAGCUUCAGUACCCCUGUGGUCACAGUCACGUUUCUUAUGCUCAAAGUCAAUCAGAGUAUGCUGGCAGAAUAAAGUAUCCAGCUACAGUAUAUUGUGCUGGCUCUAUGAAAAAAAUUAGGUUCAGCUGGACUAGACGCAACCAGGCCUGAUUACUGCAAAUCCUGUUCAAUCAAAUCAACACUUAAAUGGAACUUUUUCAACAGCAUGAAGUUGGUUAAAAGGUCUUACCCAGUAACACGCUAUGUCAAAGUUGAAAGAAAUUCCAGAAAUGAUGAGGAAGAAGGUAACUGAAAUACAUCAGUCUGGGAAGGGUUACAAAGCUAUUUCAAAGGCUCUGGGACUCCAAAGAACCACAGUGAGAGCCGUUAUCUCCAAAUGGAAAAACUCGGCAUAGUAGUAAACCUUCCCAGACGUGCCCGACCUUACAAAAUUCCUCCAAGAGCACAGUGACGACUCAUCCUGGAAGUCACAAAAGAGCCGAGGACAACAUCAAAGGACCUACAGGCCUUUCUUGCAUCAAUAAAGAUCACUCCUCAUGACUCCACUAUCAGAAAGACACUGGGCAAAAAUGGCAUCCAUGGAAGAGUGGUGAGGUGAAAACCACUGCUAACCCAGAAUAACAUUAAGGCUCGUCUGAAUUUUUCCAAAACACACCUUGAUGAUCCUCAAACCUUUUGGGAGAAUGUUCUGUGGACUGAUGAGUCGAAAGUGGAAGUUUGGAAGACAGUGGUCCUGUUACAUCUGGCGUAAACCAAACACCGAAUUCCACAAAAAGAACAUCAUACCUACAGUCAAGCAUGGUGGUGGCAGUGUGAUGGUGUGGGGAUGCUUUGCUGCUUCAGGGUCUGGGCAACUUGCAGUAAUUGAGGGAAACAUGAAUUCUGCUCUCUACCAGAAAAUCCUAAAGGAGAAUGUCUGGUCUUCAGUCAGUAAAUUGAAUCUCAAGUGUAACCGGAUUAUGCAGCAAGACAAUGAUCCAAAGUAUAGGAGUAAAUCCUAGUCCUAGAAGUAAGUGAAAGACUGAUCUCCAGUUAUCGGAAGCAUUUGGUUGCGGUUAUUUCUGCUAAAGGUGGCACAACCAGAUUUUAAGUUUGAGGGAGCAACACAGGUUGCCUUUGUUUUAUGUUGUAUUUCGUUUGAAGAUCUAAAACUAUUUAGCUUGAGAUAUACACAAAAACAGUGAUACAGUGAUAAAACUGUGAUACAGCAUAAUCACUAACAAUUAUUUUAUAAAUGAGCAAAUGGGGUUUUUAUUGGUGUAUAGUUUUAUUUAAUGUUGUGAAAUGUCCACAAAACAUUCAAAUUGGUUCCUUAUAACUUAUGUAAUAGCAGUCAUUUGUUUAAUUACAAACUGAAUUACAGCCAAGGCUACUGUCAGAGUUGCUAUUAUAGAAAGUUAAUCAACCAACUUCUGAAGAAACUGAAUCAAGAAUUCAACAGCACUGUGGUAUAAAGGGAUCUAAUGAAGAGGUAACAGGUGUUUCGUUCUCCUAAACUUCAGUUAUUUCAUUGGUGCAAAUCUCAUUGCUUAAAUAAAUAUUAUAUAGUGUUAAUGCAUAUUUUUAUGAUCAUUGUAGGUCACACCAGGCUUCUAGUGUAAAAUUCUCUGUGAGUUUGAAUGAUCCUGUAAUAUCUUUAUAUCUACUAUGUGGUAGAACAGUCAUAUUAUGAAUUGUAACACAAAUCAUGUUGCUUAUUCGUGUUUACUUCCUCUCCUAGCUCUGUGUUACUUCAGCAUUCACAUCUGUUCCUCUCUCUGUUGCUUGUUCACCUCUGUUCCUGUCUUUUGUACCCUUUGACAUUUAAUGAAUUAAAUGCAAAUAUUUUUACAAAACUAUUGCAUGCGUAAUCAUCAUUUGGUCACAAAUCAUUCUGAAUCUGAUGUUACACCGUAAAAUAAAUAAUCUAAUAAAAAAUACAUUUG